GCGCCCACGGGAGGGGCCGAUAGAAAAUGGCGAGUCUGUGCAAAAGGCAGCAAUGCACGAUAGAGAGGCGCGGCUUUCGGCAGGAACUUGACUCUUGGAGGCACAAACUCAUUCACUGUGUAGGCUUUGAAAGCAUCUUGGAAGGCUUGUUUGGGCCGGGACUAGUGAAAGACAUCACCCUAUUCCAAGACUGUGAGCCAGAGGAAGUGUCUGACUGGUCCUUUGAUGAGAACUGUCUCUUCUGCUGCUUGAGACGUGAGAAAGUCAAGGAGCACAGUGUGGAGAGCAGUGGAGGCAGCCACGUGCUGUCGGAGUGUGAAGACUACAAACAGGAGCAGUCUCGGAUCAGUCGGCUGGAGAGACAGGCUCAAGACUUCCUCAAUGCUGUGUUCCACAGAAAAGACCUCCCAAGUUUCUCAGACCCUCACAUUCCUCUAGUGGCUCGUGAGAUCAUGCAGCGAAUGAUCCGCCAGUUCGCUGCCGAAUAUACCUCAAAAACUACUCAGGACGACCCGCCCCUGCCCAACGGCAUCAUGAAGGACCAAAGCCUGCCGAAAGCGGUGUCUCUGGCCCCGGCCCCCAGCUCCCCGCCCGGGCCACUGGCUGCGCCAAACUCUCCUCCAUCUUCUGCCUCCUCCUCUCCAUCCCCAACCCCAGGACAAUGCUUCAGCCCCACCUCUGCUGCUGCUGCUGCUGCCUCAGCACUCGCCUGCACCCAGAGCAGCAACGGUACGGGAGCCAGUAACGGUGGGGGGGGAGGAGGAGGUGCGGCUGCUGCCUCUGCACAGAAUCCCGUCCUCAGCAAGCUUCUCAUGGCUGACCAGGACGGCCCAUUGGACCUCACCGUUAAAAAGAACCAGGCUGAUCCGGAGCCCUGCCAGCAGGAUGGCGUCCUAGACCUCUCCACAAAGAAGAACCACAGCGCAGGCAGCCCCAAAGCUUUGCCCAGCUUCACCCCCAAAUCCGAGGUCAAAGGACUUUCGCUGAAAGCCGACAAUACCCUGCCAGAGAUGGAGGAGGAGGAUGGCCUGCUGCAGAAAAGUUUGCAGGACGGACUGAGGGAGAACUACGUCAACUCCAACUCCUUCAAGCCUCCACUGGCUCGCUCACUGCGUAUCAAGGAAGAGCUUCUCAGCCAGAAGCACCGCCUUCUGAGUCAGCCUCCUGCUCUUUCACUGUCUAAUCUAGAGUCAGCUGGCUUGCUCAGUCACAGCCAGUCCCAUUCCUUGCUUGGCCAGAAGGGCUCUUCUUCAUUCUGGGGAAGUAAGGCUCACCUUGAAAGCCUGAUGAAGCUGAAGCAGGCCAGUGGAGCACUCAGCGACCUCAAAGACCUGCCUACAUUCCUGGAGCAUCAACACCACAACCACCACGGAGCCUUCUCCUUUAAGAGUUCCCUCCAUCAUCACCACCACAAUCAGGUCUCCAAGGCCCAACAACACCACAGUGAAGGAAAGAGAGACCAAGGCCACUCUCCCCCUGUUGACCUGAAAAUCCCCCAGGUUCGGGGCAUGGAUCUUUCCUGGGAUUCCCAUUCCUCUGAGCUGUAUGGCUAUAGUGCCAUGGGGGUUGGUGGCCAUGGGGAGAACACCCUGAGCCGGAAGCUAAGAGCCAUUCUGCCCAAGCAGAACCGCCGAGGAGGAAGCCUUGGGAGCCUCUUGGAUGGGGCCGCUGAGUACUGGAACUCAGACUUGGACCACUCAAGCUCUGGGCCGGCAUACUCCAUCUCUGAUGUGGAAGGGGACCCGAGCUCCAAGCAGCCAAGGAAGAAGAGAGGCCGCUAUCGCCAGUACAACAGUGAGAUUCUGGAGGAGGCCAUAGCUGUAGUGAUGAGUGGGAAAAUGAGUGUGUCCAAGGCACAGAACAUGUACGGGAUCCCGCACAGCACCCUGGAGUACAAGGUCAAGGAGCGCAUGGGGACCCUGAAGAACCCCCCAAAGAAGAAGCUCAAGCUGAUGAUGAAGAUGGAAGCAGGAGGCCAGGAGUUUCCCAACGAGUCAGAGAACACGCCCACUGCAACCCCACGGGGCGACGGGGCGCCACUAGCAGCUGCUGAGCUCAAGGACAAUGUAAAAGAAGAGAUUGAUGAUGAUUUCAAACCAAUCGACUAAACGACUUACACAUGUAAACCUCAACUGACUUAAGUAAUUUGAAAAUGGAUGGGGCUUUAUUUGUGCCAAUUUACUUUGCAGUAUCUGGGUGAGCACAAAUGCAGGGAUAAUAUGAGGAGGAUUCUUAAACUGGAGAGAAAAACUGAUCGGAUGGUUCUUAACUAGCGUCAUUUGAGCGACGCUGUAGAAGCAUUUGUUCAGCUUUUAUGUCCAGGGGCUUAACAA